AUGGUGCACGGCGCUGUCCACGCACUUCGCUCGACGUCAGUCGUUCCACCAUCAGCGGACUCGCUCAGCUUUAUGGGCAGGCUCAAAGGCUGCAAGGCUCGGCGCUCGUGGCAGGAUGCUCUGGCGCUGCUGCGCGAGAUGGAACAUCUCAGAGUGCCUGCGGAUGCAUUCCACUACACGGCAGCGAUGACCUGCUGCACCAAAGCCGGAGAGUGGCAGCAGGCACUUCGGCUGUUAGACGAGCUGGUCCAUAGCGGCACGCAGCCGGACCUCAGCUGCUUCAACGCGGCGCUUUCGGCGUGCGCAUCCGCAGGUCGGCCACAGGAGGCGGCAUCGAUUCUGCAGCAGAUGCCACGCUGCGGUGUCGAGCCGAGCGCAGCCUGCCUCUCGGCUGCGGGCCAGGCGUGCACCGCGGCAGGCGACUGGGAGGGUGCGCUGCGCUUGUUCGACGAGAUGUCGGCGCGUGCGGGUCUGACACCGGCGUUUGGCGACUACAAAAAGGCGAUCGACGCGGCGAGGGCGGGCGGCGACACGGCUCGGGUCGCCAAGCUCGCGCUCGCGGCAAGUGCGCUGCGACCGCGACCGCGACCGCACAUGCAAGCGUGGCUCUGGGGGCUCUGGAGAGUAGCCGAGAUCAAGCUGCUCCUCACGGAGCUCCAGCACGAGCUGCCCGCCGUGGACGAGGCCGCAACCGCGAAGCUGCUGCGCGACCUGAGCACGGCUGCCCAAUGCGGCACGAUGCCUGACUUUGGCCAUGGCGGCGCACGCAGCGGCUACACGCUCGCGCACCUUGGCAACCGCGCAUCCAAGGUGGCAGGCCUAUUUCAGCUGGACGAGCCGCCCUGGCUACGGGCCGCGCUCGUGCAAGGUGCGACCCAUGGCAUGUCUGGCGGGGAGGUGCUCAGUGUGGCGGGAGGGCCUGGCUUCGACCUGGUCGCUCUGGCGCUGGUGCGGGGCUUCGAAGGCUUGCUCCCCGCGGACGGGCGGCUUGCCGUGCGGGUGCUUGACUUUGAGGGGCGCUGGCAUGAGCAGGCGGCGGCAGUGGAGCGCGCUCUGCGCCGCCGCAUGCCGUUCCCGCUCGCGUGCAGUUUUGGGUGUUGCGACAUCACGCAGUCGCUCAAGCACCCGGCGAAUAGCGCACUGUGCGGCGCACUGUCUUCGACGCGGCUCCUGAUCGCCUCCUACUGCGUCGCGGAGAAUGCGCUCGCGCUACGCAGCGGCGAGUUUGUCUUCUUCGAGGAGUUGGCGCGAUCGGCAGAGGAGGGCACCGUGCUGGUCGUGCUUGAGACGACCCACCGCCAGUUCCCCGCGAUUGUCGCCGCCGCACAGCGGGGGGCAGGCAAGGCGGCGCUCCAGCUCGCCUGCCCGAGGGUCGCCAGCAAUAACGGGUACUCGCUCUGCCUAGUCAAGCAGGCGGUGGCGACGAGGCCGGGGCACGCAGGGUGGGAGGCCGACGCGGGGGCGGCCGAUGAGGAGGCGCAGGCGGCGGCCACGCGACUCGAGGAGCAGCGCUUGCUGCUGGAGCGCUUCGGCCGGGAUAAUGAGAUCCAUGCGCGAAGCCGUGGGACCCAGGUGUGA